AUGCAGUUCUCCAUCCUCGCCGUUGUCACUCUCAUCAGCGCCGUCAUGGCCGCCGGUCCUGUCAGACGUCAGACCGUCGAUGUCAAUGAGGCCUCGAUGACCGAUGCGGACGGAAACGUGGUAGCCUUCAACUCCAAGGAGGUCUACCAAGCCAACAAGGAAGCUGGCCUCUAG